GUUUCCAGCCUGCACGGUGCUGGCUCUGGUCAUGCAGCUUGCCUCAGACAACAGACGACCUGCUUCAUUUUGCAAAUCUUUCCAAGCAGAUUCUUCUUAGCUUUUGGUGUCUCGAACUGCCGCGUUUCAAGCUGAAAGAGUUUUAAAAGCUGAAGCACCCCCAAGCACACCACCUCAUCGCUGCUUCUUCUUGUACAUUCAGUGGAAGGAUGUCUUCUCUCACUGAGCUGCACCAGCAUCCGAGAAACACCUCUGAUGCAGACAUGAACAGGAUGAAGGUGAUCUUCGCCCUCUGUGACUUGGACCACGAUGGCUAUCUGAGCAGGGACGACCUGAAGGUGGCCAUGGUGAUGCUUUUCGGAUACAAACCCUCCAAGUCGGAAAUCGACCUGCUCAUGGGACAAGAACAGCUCUCCCAGUCGCCGCUGGGGCUCUCCCUGGACAGGUUUGUGAGUCUCAUGGCAGGAAGGUUAUCAGAGGAGGACUCCUAUUUGAAGAGCAGGCAGAUCUUCAAUGCCUUUGACACGCACUGCCGAGGCUUCCUCAAACUGGAGGAUUUCCGGGCGGCUUUCAACAGAGUGGCUCCUGGUCUGCCUGAGAGGAGUGCUGUGGAGGCUUUCCAGCACACAGACCAGGACUCGGACGGCCAUGUCAGCUUCAAGGACUUUGCUGCUGUUCUCAGCUUUGGACGCGCCAGCAGGUCAUCGACGUAGAGUUUUUUGAUAGUGUAAUGUAAGCUAAGAUUUAUACGAUCAAGUUACAGCCGAGUAGUUUUGCCUUUUGUGUUGUGAAUUCAAUCAAACAGGGAAUGAAGAGAAUGUAGUACUCUGCUAUAUUCAGUACUGCAUGUUCUCUAAACAGUACAAGUUAUUGUCAUUAUUCCAUAUAACAGAACAUCUUGUUGGUCAUGCAUUCUGGUGCAAUAAACCAUAAAC